CGUGCCUCGACACCUUUGAAAGAUGGCCAAAGCCGACGCCGGAAAGAGCCAGAAGGCUGUGCCCAACAAGCACCUCCAUUCACGCAUCUCCUACCUCUACCAGGCCGCCACCUAUCUAGCCAUUCAAGCAGACAAUGGAACUUCCCCACAAAGAGAACACACGCAACCGGCUACCCAUGCACAGACAAAGAUUUCGUCGCCAUACCAUCUCGUUUCCCACCUCCAGCUAGUCUCCAUGAAGGCUCAAGUCCGCCUCUCUCACCAAGUCAAGCACUCCAUCUGCAAACGUUGCAGUGCCAUACUCAUCGCCGGUAGCACCUCAUCCAGCAGAGUAGAGAACCUGAGUCGGGGCGGCAAGAAGCCUUGGGCAGAUGUACUUGUUGUCGAAUGUAAUGCCUGCGGAGCUCAGAAACGCUUCCCCGUUGGUGCUAAGCGGCAGCCCAAGAAGAAAGACAGGGUCAAGGUCGAAAAAGCAAAGCCGCUAGCUAUAUGACGCGCAGGCAUCGCGGUGGACUGUGCAACUGCGCGUGCGCACGCGGUUCGCAGAAGCACAAAAAUGCGGAGUGACGGUCUUAACUGGAGCAUAGGUAUGGAUGGGCAUAAGUUUGUUAUUUCCGUCGGUGUACGACCCUCGCCGUCUGAUUGGCGCUGUAGGAGUAGGAACGGUCACUCGGAAACUCCGUUCUGCCCCGUUGUGACUCGACCCAAAACCAUGCUGUCCUGGGAGUAAACCUUUUAACUCCUCACUUAUUUCGUCAUUAAUUCGAUUAAUUUCACGAUAACACAUGU